CCAACAACAGUCCUGCCCCCGCUGAGCCCUCCAAGCAUGAGGUGGGCUGGCGGAGGGUAGUCCGUCAUUUUACCCCAUCGUAUGGACAAGCUUGCUGCUCGUAUGAACUCCAAGAGCUAACAUGGGACUAGAUGGUUUUCAGUCACCAUGGGCACAGGAAUCGUGUCCAUCCUCUUGAACACUCUACCGUACAACGGCCACUGGCUCUACUGGAUCUCCGUCGUGAUCUUCGCGCUGAAUGUGCUACUCUUUGUUACGGGAUGUAUCAUUAGCCUUCUGCGGUACACGCUGUACCCGGAGAUCUUCUUCGCGAUGAUCAAACAUCCCGUGCAGUCGAUGUUCAUCGGCACCUUUCCGAUGGGAUUCGCCACCAUCAUCAACAUGUUCUGCUUCGUGUGUGUUCCAGCCUGGGGGGAGUGGACCAGGAACUUUGCCUGGGGGCUGUGGAUUUUCGAUGCCGUGUUUUCUGUCGUCACCGCAUUGUCGUUGCCAUUUCUUCUAAUGGCCCACGGAGGCGAGACCCAGCUCUCGUCCAUGACAGCCGUGUGGCUCCUUCCGAUCGUCAGCUGCAUCGUAGCGGCCUCGUCCGGCGCCAUCGUGGCCGGCGUCUUGCCCAACGCGCAACACGCCCUCUGGACGGUCAUCGUGAGCUACAUCCUGUGGGGCAUCGGUCUACCCCUAGCCCUGAUGGUCAUGGUAAUCUACCUCCAACGACUGACCCUGCACAAAAUACCGCCCAAAGCCGUGAUCGUGAGCGUGUUCUUACCCCUGGGCCCGUUAGGGCAGGGCGGAUUCGGCAUCAUGAAACUCGGCAGCGCAGCGCAGACCAUCUUCCCGCAAACCCACACGCUGGAGUCUGAGGCCGGUCCCAUCUUCUACACGAUGGGGUUCCUGGUCGGUCUCAUCCUCUGGGCGUUCGGGCUGGUGUGGCUCUUCCUGGCGAUCGCGUCCAUCGCGCGGUGCCGCAAAUUCCCGUUUAAUAUUGGCUGGUGGGGGUUCACGUUCCCGCUGGGCGUGUUCGCCACCAGUACCUGCCAGCUGGGCAAGGAGUUGCCGUCGAGUUUUUUCCGUGUGCUGGGUACGAUUGUGUCGUUGUGUGUGGUUGUUUUGUGGGGCGUUGUGGGCGUGGGGACGUUGAAGGGGGCCGUGUCUGGGAGGUUGUUCUUUGCGCCUUAUGCAAUUCAGUUCUCUCAUCGAGGCUGUCAGAUAGAUCAUGACUGA